ACGAAAGCAUGAAACCUGGCUGUGCAUUCAUAUGACAUGAGUCGGUGUUGACUAAUACUUGCAUUCUACACAACCAUGGAUGCCAAGUCUGAGUCUUUAAAAGAACAGGGUAAUGAGUGUGUUAAAGCUGGGAAAUAUGAAGAGGCUAUCUUACACUAUAGCCAUGCCAUCAAAAUACAACCAAAUGAUUACAAACUAUACAGUAACAGGUCCAUGGCUUUUUUGAAAAUUCAGCAGUAUUACCAUGCUUUACAAGAUGCCUAUGAAACAAUUCGUCUGAAACCAGAUUGGCCAAAGGGAUACUUCAGGAAAGGUGAAGUUGAAUUCCACACGGAGCAUUAUGAGACAGCAUACAUGUCUUACAAGAGAGCAUAUUCCUUGGACUCAGAAGAUAAAACUCUGAAAGAGGCCAUAGAAAAGACAAGUAAAGAAUUGGUGAAAAAGAUGAAAGCCCAGCAACGUCUGCCCUGGCUGGGUGUAGGAGGAGGGGUUUUAGUGGGUCUGCUCAUUGUACUGGGGGACCUAUUUCUAGCCAAGACGCCAUUGCUGGGAAAGACUUUCAUCCUGCAGCUGUGUUUGGUGGCUGUAUUUGCAGGAAUUGGUCUUGGGUUGGCUCAUUUGCAAAGGUGGUUUGUCCAGAGUCAAAGGGACUCCCUGCUAGAGCCUCCAUUAGAUUUCCUAGAUUUUGCAGAAAAGAGUAAUAAUGCUCAAAAUGAGACAGACCCUAAACCACACAAUUUACGGAAACGAGGUGCCCAGACGGGGAAGAGAAAAUACCAGAAGGGGAAAACUUAGCUACAAUCCAGACAAAACUGAUGUGAAAACUUUUUAAAAAAAUAUUUCAAAUGGCCAUGAAAGACUAGUCCAUUGAAAUAGUUAUCAGUUAUCUUGUGAAAUAGAAAUUUUAUAGGUAUGUUUCUGGAGGGUUUGUAUGUCACCACAGUGGCCAGUCCCUGUACUUGAAUUGGGUUGAUAACAUUAUAGA